GCAGAAGAGCCGCAGCUUGCAGGAGAAGAGCCAAAGUUUGCGAAGGAUGGCCAAGAAAGUCGAGCGCCUGCAGGCUCUGAAGCCAAAGAAGGAGGGCGUCACAGGCGUCUCGGGUUCGGGCCCGGCGGGCUCGGGCUCUCCCGACAACGAAGGGGAAGCUUCCGACGGGGAGGAGCUGACGGAGCCGGAGGAGGCCCGAGAGGAUCGGGAAGACCGGGAGGAGGCUGAAGCGUCCGUUUCCGGCUCGGCGGAAAGCGGCGCGCCGAGCCCUGUUUCGGGCUCCGACUCGCAGUCAGCUGCGGUUGAGAGCGGCGCUUCGGCCACGACGCCGCCGGGAGCGGAGGCGCUGGCAGCGGCGGAGGCGGAGGCGCUGCGGGUAGAGCGAGGCUUGGCUUCGGAAGCCGACGUUGCGGUGGCGACGAGCGAGGCUGCGAGCGAGGCGAGCGAAACGUUUCCGAAGCCAACGGAAGUCCUUCCGAAGCUCGAAGGAAGCGACCCUUUCUUUGAUGUGGGCCCGUGCUCGGAAGAAAGUCAAGCCGCGGAUGAUGUCUCGGCGGCACAGCCUUCGGCAGAGCCGAUGGAGGCGGAGGCUCAGGAACCACGCCCAGAGGCUCUCGCGGCGACAGGGACCAGCCCGCAGGCUUCCAAGAGCCCUCGCCGAGCGGUGUCAGCAGGAGUGCAGACCGACCGCGAGACGGAGACGCGUAUCUUUCAGGAUCUUUGGAAUCCCGAAGCGCCGGAAGCACCGGAUCCGGAAACAGAGGAUGUCAACUGCGGUGUGCUGCUCAGAGCUGCCGGGCAAGAAGAAGGGCAAGAACAGAGGCCGCCCGUGCCGGCGCCUGUGCUUUCCGUGCCUUCCGUGUCCGAGAUCAAAGUCUGCCCCAGCUGUGGAGCUUCGCUUCCUCUCCGCACACAGGCACAUCCUCUGCCAGCAGAAGCGCAAGCAGUUGUGGAUCCGCAGCAGGACGACGCCACAUCCACUGCGCAACAGCAGGAAGAAGAUGCUGAAGGCAGUGGUGAGGAGGUGCAUAUGGAAGCCAUGGCUGUGCAGCAAGGAAGGGCUGAUCCAGCUGAAGAGGGCGUUGCUGAAAGCGCAACUACAGGGCAGGGGGAUCUAUCCGCAGAUUCGCGAACUGCUGUGGAUCCGCAGCAGGACGAUGCCACAGCCAGUGCGCAAAAGCAGGAAGAAGAUGCUGAAGGCAGUGGUGAGGAGGGCGCUGCUGAAAGCGCAACUACAGGGCAGGGGGAUCUAUCCGCAGAUUCGCGAACUGCUGUGGAUCCGCAGCAGGACGAUGCCACAGCCAGUGCGCAAAAGCAGGAAGAAGAUGCUGAAGGCAGUGGUGAGGAGGCGCAUAUGGAAGCCAUGGCUGUGCAGCAAGGAAGGGCUGAUCCAGCUGAAGAGGGCGUUGCUGAACGCGCAACUACAGGGCAGGGGGAUCUAUCCGCAGAUUCGCGAACUGCUGUGGAUCCGCAGCAGGACGAUGCCACAGCCAGUGCGCAAAAGCAGGAAGAAGAUGCUGAAGGCAGUGGUGAGGAGGCGCAUAUGGAAGCCAUGGCUGUGCAGCAAGGAAGGGCUGAUCCAGCUGAAGAGGGCGUUGCUGAAAGCGCAACUACAGGGCAGGACGAUGCCACAGCCAGUGCGCAAAAGCAGGAAGAAGAUGCUGAAGGCAGUGGUGAGGAGGCGCAUAUGGAAGCCAUGGCUGUGCAGCAAGGAAGGGCUGAUCCAGCGGAAGAGGGCGUUGCUGAAAGCGCCACUACAGGGCAGGCGGAUCUAUCCGUAGAUUCGCAAGCAGCUGUGGAUACGCAGCACACCGUGCAACAACAGGAAGAAGAUGCUGACGGCAGUGGUGACUCAGAGGAGGCGCGUAUGGAAGCCACGGCUUUGCAGCAAGGAAGGACUGAUCCAGCUGAAGAGGGGGUUGCUGUGAGCAACACUACAGGGCAGGGGGAUGUAUCCGCAGAUGCGCAAGCAGCUACGGAUUCGCAGGAGGGCGCGCUGCUGUCUGUGCAGAAGGACGCGGAGCCUGCGGAGCCUGCGGAGCCAGAGGCUGCGGCGGAGAGCCGGGCCAGCGAGGCCCCGGAAGCGCCCGCGGAGCGAAGACCCAGCCGCCGCUCCCGCUCCGACGAAGAGCACCGCGUGGACCGCAUGGACCACCCAGCGGGCCCAAACGACCCAAAGGACCCCACGCACGCGGAGGCGGAGGAGGAAGAAAGCGACGUGGCCGUCGCCGCGCUGGAGCCGCUUUGCCAAAGCGCCGUGGGAGUGGCUCAGAGCAUCGAGGCGGCCCAGGCCCCCCAGCAGGGGGCCGUCCUUGGUCGGAAGAAGGCGACGGCAGAGACGGCCAGCCAGGUCGAGGUCUCGAUGCAGGCGCAGGCUUCGCAGACGCAGAUGGAGCUGAAGGAUUCCAUGACCCAAACGACGGCGGAGCCGGAGCCCUCCCUCGCCGAGGGCCUCGCGAUGCUCGCGUCUUCGCCCGCAAGGCCCCCGAGUGAGCUGCCACUUAGCCACGGCGGCGUCUCUCCAACGGAGGCGGUCGCGACCGACGCCGAGACGAAAGGAAGGAUCCGAGAAGCCAGCGCUCGAGCCCGUAAGGGAGCCUCUGCUCCGAGCUCGGAAGCUGAGAUGAGGGAGGAGGCCACGGAGGCCACGGAGGCCACGGACACUCCCACCGCUGCCUUCGUCCCAGCCGCCGACUUCCGCAAAACCAUGGAAGCUGCGCAUGACCGACUCCGGCGCUUCUCCCAAAACAGCUCGGGAUCCGAGGCCCAGGCGCAGGCGGCGGCCGAAGACCGAGGCUGCCGCGAGGGCCAAGGCGAAGGCGAAGAUCUUGCAGAGAACGGCAGCGACGGCAGCGGCACGAACGAGGACGAGGACGAGGUUCCCUUGCAUCAAAGCACCGCCACCGCCGGAGCCGGACGAAGGCUUAGUGCACCCAAGGUGCCAAGCAGCCUGGAAAGGAGCCUCCGUGUUCCCUCGAAGUCGAGACGCCGCAGGCGUCGCCGGAUCCGUGCUUCCCUGCGGCUCCUGAAAGCCAUGGAGGAGUCAGGGCGGCCAGCAGGCCAGGCGCUGACCAUGUCGAACAUCUCCGACAUCUUGCGAUCCAGGUCCGAGCGGUUGCAGACGGAGGACGAGCGCUGCUCGCGCUCCUCCGAGGAAGCGUCCGAGGCUUCCUCUUCGGAGCCCGAGGUGGCGGAGAAGAGUGCGCAGAGCAGCCUCAACUUGCCGCGCUGGAAGGAGCUUCCCGUCGAGAUUCUGGAGUGGCUCAAAGUGAACCUGAUGCAGUCGGAAGAAGCCGGAGUCCAUGGAGGAAUCUACGAGGUGACGCCUUUGGAGUCCUGGCCAGAGAUCUCGGAUGAAGCGAGGCUGCGCCUCGUUUUGGACUUCGAGGAGUUCUUGGGGCCCAAGGGCCUCUGCCGACCGAAGUUGUCCAAGUACGAGCUCUCCCAGAAACUGAGGGAGCGGGGCCUCCGCCACCACAGCGAGCCACCCGUCGCGGACGGGGGGCGAAGGCGGUUCCGCUUCCGCAGAGGAGGAGCCGAAGCCGAAGGAGGCGAAAGAGCUCCGCUCUACGAGUUCCCGCUGAACGCGGAGCCAGUGCAGAUUUCGGCCCGGCUGCGGCAAGCCAUGGCUUCCCAGUGGAGCCAAGCACAAGAAAGACAAGGACAAGCUCGUGAUGCUCACAGUUGGCGAGAGGACGGCUGGAAGAGGGCACCGAGGGCACCUCACCGUGACACGGAGCCAAGUGGCUUCUUCUCUUUGCGGGAAGGGCGAAGAGAAAGCCGGAGCAGAAGAGCGCGGCACUUGGGCCAGGCCUCCAGGUCGCCGUCCGAGCCGCGUCUUCACGUCGGCGGCUUCUCACCGAGUCGGCGCUUUUCGAGGUCCCCUCUCUCCCCUUCUGGCCGUUCCGAAAACGAUCCUUCCGGGUCCCCAAACGGCCCUAUGGGGGCCAUGGCAGCGGCGGUUCCCGGCCGCCGGAGACAGGAGAAGGAAUUCGCCGCAAGGCCGCUGCGCUCGCCGAGCCUCGGAGCCGGGCGGCACGUCCCGGGGCCGGGAGAGCUUUCGGGCCGGAGCUCGUGUGCGGAGCUCUUCGCAGAAGCCUUGGCCAGAGCUCUGGAAGGCUCUCGCAGGCGGCAGCAGCGAUGGGCUUGGCAGCGGCUGGGUGGACGGAGCUCUCGUGGCGAAAGCUCGAGUCCCUCACAGUCGCCUGAAGGCUUUCGAAGAGACGGUCGGGAGCGGGAGUGGGAGCGACUCAAGCCGCCUCUGGACUUCCACUGUCUUGGCACGACGGGCCGGCCGGUAGGCCCGGAGCGACUGGAGUCCACGUGGCAAGGUUUCAGCGAUCGCAGCUGGCUGCGCCCACCAGCACGUCCUCAUGGGCCAGACCUCCAUGGAGCAACGCAGCACGGCCUUGUGCCUGCACCGCCGCGUCCAAUGGCCAUGGCGGCCAAGCUGCCAAGGCGACCUGAUUUCUCCGGGAAGCGGCUGGGGCCGCCGGGGCCUCCGCCCGGGGGGCCUGCGGCGGCGCCCCAGGAGAAGUUCGAUCGAGAGAGAUGGCAGGCACGCCACAGCGGCCUUGAGAACUACAUCGGCUGUGUGGCCUGGAACUAUCGGGACAUUCAGGUGCCAAUGCUGAAAUCGGACUUUGCGGCCCAGAUGCGAGAUGAUCAGGCGCGUAACGACGCCGAUGCCCGCGUUGCCGCCUGGCAGCGGCACUUCAGGCUCUCAGAUCUGAGCCUCACCACUCGGAUUACCCGAAACGACGGAAAAGCCGGCCCGCCGCCGCGUCUUCCAAGCCUCCAGCCGAGGCCAGAAAGGCACGCGGUCCCCAGCGAGGAGCUCCAAGAGAAGGGUUGGACCGCUCGGUGA